CGUAGUAAUGAAGAAAAUCUUUUCAACUCGGCUAUAUAUUAAGUUGUGAUCUACAUCUCAAAUCAAUCACCCACGGUCAACGUUUUCUGCGGCAGCCAUUUCUUGUUUUUCCGGUUUAGGGCAUAACUUUUAUCCUCUAACUUUAUUUUUGCAUUCGUUUGAAACUUGAAGAUGACGGCUACUGAUGCAGUUACAUCGAAGCUAGACAAAACUUCCAAGAUCUUUGUUGCUGGUCACCGUGGUCUGGUUGGCUCCGCUAUUGUACGUCGCCUGCAUAGUUUGGGCUUCACCAAGCUAAUCCUUCGCUCGCACGCUGAGUUAGAUCUCACCAACCAGUCUGCUGUCAAAACGUUCUUUGCUUUAGAAAAACCCCAAUAUGUCAUUCUUGCUGCAGCCAAAGUAGGCGGGAUCUAUGCUAACAGCACUUACCCUGCAGACUUUAUCACCGUUAACCUUCAGAUACAAACAAAUGUCAUUGACUCUUCCUAUCGUUAUGGUGUCAAGAAACUUAUAUUUCUAGGUUCUUCUUGCAUUUAUCCUAAACAUGCACCCCAACCUAUACCCGAAUCUGCUCUUUUAACGGGUCCGUUAGAGCCAACCAAUGAGUGGUAUGCCGUUGCCAAAAUUGCUGGUAUCAAGAUGUGCCAAGCUUAUAGGAUCCAAUACAAGUGGGAUGCAAUUUCAGCAAUGCCUACAAAUUUGUAUGGUCCUAAUGACAAUUUCCACCCUGAGAACUCACAUGUAUUGCCAGCAUUGAUGAGGCGGUUUCACGAGGCCAAAAUUUCAGGAGCUAAGGAAGUUGUGGUGUGGGGUACAGGAUCACCAUUGCGUGAAUUUUUACAUGUUGAUGAUUUGGCUGAUUCGGUGGUGUUUUUGUUGGAGAACUACUCUGGUUUGGAACAUGUGAAUGUAGGAAGUGGGAAGGAGGUAACCAUUAAGGAACUUGCAGAGUUGGUGAAAGAGGUUGUGGGGUUUCAAGGAGAGCUUGUUUGGGAUGCUUCCAAGCCUGAUGGAACUCCAAGGAAGCUUAUGGAUAGCUCAGCGCUUGCUAAGUUGGGUUGGGAACCAAAGAUUUCACUACGUGAUGGGCUUGUUGGCACUUACGACUGGUAUCUUGCAAAUUGGAAGCAAUGAGAGAAGUAAAACUGUCUGCCAGUAUCUUUGUACUAGUAUGUUACUAAUAAAACCGUUUCUCUUAUAAGGAUUUAUGAUUAAUAUAUACAGUGCAUUUUGCACAUGUUUCUGUUGUAUCAUGAUAAUUUAUCUUUUUUAUUACAAAUUCUGUUUUAUAAUGAUAAUUGAGUUGCUCAGGCAGUAUUUAAUGAAAUACCUAACUCUGUUUUCAA